AUGCUGCGUCGCAUCGCCUACAUGUUGCUGCCGCGCGAUCCGCAGGAGGUGCGCCUCCUCCACCACACCGGUGGUGGCGUCGUCAUUGCAGCCGUGAGCUACACGAAAACGUCGUCGCCGUUGUUCUUCACCGUUGUCGAGAUGGCGGCGCCGAAUGAGCAGGCGCUGCCGCUGCGCGUGGUGCACGUGCGGGUGCCGCGCCCCGCCACAGUGGUGAGCGCGAUUACGCUGAUGCGCAGCGCAGACGGCGCGGAUGUCUACGUGAUUGUGCAAGCCGCUGAGAAGACGAACACCGACGCCGCGCCAACCUCCACUACGUCAUACGUCUACCGCCGGCAGAUCGUUGCGGACGACGAGCAAGAUGACUACGCCGCGGAGGACGAUGUGGUCUCCUCUCCUGCGGCAUCGGCGGUGCCAGCUGCCACGCGGGUCCGCUAUCAGCGACUGCCGCGCGCCUUCGCCAGCGCCGGCGCGACUACCUGGACUGCUGUGGCUGUCUUCAACCCCAGCGAGAACAUGCUGACAGACGCGAGCUCGUCAGUCGAUCCAGCGGUCACCCCAACUGCUGCCUUCAUUACGGCCAGCUGUGAUGGCGCAGACAACCAACUGCAGCUGUGGCAGCUGCGCGGCACCGGUGUUACGCUAGAGGCGACGUGGAGGGUGCCGGCACUCGCCGGCUUCGCGGUGCAGGAGAUCCUGACGCUGCCCGGCACCCAGGACGUGGUGCUGCUGCGGCACCACAAUAGCAUCAUCGAGGUGAACCUUUCGGCCCUGCGCAGCGCGUGUGCGUACGGCAGCACUGUCACAGGCAACACGUUCCUGUCACGCGCGUGGCGGUGGUCGGUGCGCGAGCAGCUGACCGCCUGCGCCGUCAAGGACGCGCUGCUGUACGCGGGGACUGAGGGGGGUGCGGUGCUUGUGUGGGACCUGCGCAGGCCAACAUCCACCGCCACCGCGGCCGGUCCGUGCGGCGGACCGCCACCGCUGUGCAGCGCCGCGCUCAAGACGCCCAUCACGGGUCUGUACGCGCCGUAUGCGACCGGCUUCAUCACGUGCGACGCCAGCGGUGGGGUACGGGACUGGCGGGGGCGUGGCGAGGCGGGCAUGUAUGAAAACCAGAACGAGGAGGUCGAGGAAGGCGCGUUGCGCGACGUGGCCGGAAUGGCGGCGUCGUCGGCUGCCGCGUCGACCCAGUUCCCGUACCGCUCGCGUGCGCCUGUGGAGGUGCCAACGGGCGAGGAGGGCUGCGUCGCUCUCGACGGCCAUGACAACUUCGCCGCCGUGGUGAGUGAGUGCGGUCGCCUGUGCUUCUACUUUUGCGACUAG